GUGGACCAUCCCUACACCCAAGACUCGCACAGCUCCAACCGACACACCGACACCGACGCCAUUGAACAGUUCACCGCAGAGGAAAGUGAAGAUGCGAUUAAUUCGCGCACACAAGCUAUUAGCAAAUAUCUUUCCGAGCAUCAUCAGGGCAAGAGUGUGCCUGAGGAUGUUUCUGAGAGUGUUGAGACGAGCGCCCUGAGGUCCUUGAAGUCGCCUGAUGCAAUCACUUGCUAUAUCGGGUUGGCCGAGUGUGCGUGGUCGCGCGCAGGCAACGCACAGCUCUACACAGCAGCCGCGGGAUGUCUGGAGGAACUGUCUCUGGGGCUGCCCAAUCAUUUCUCGUCUAUUUAUAGCACGCGAGUUGAUUGGCUGUUGCAGUUCACCACGAGUUCUGAUUGGGUGUUGCGCCGGCGGGUGUGUACUGUGUUGGCGGUGGUCGUGAGCCUGAGCGAUGAGUGCGACAGUGUCGUAGCGAUUAUCAAGCGACUUCGGGAGACCAGCGCAGAGGUGAGAGAUGAACGCCAGAGGGACAAGGCUUUGGGAGCAAUUACCGCACUGUCCUGUAUAGUAGGUCGACACGGACUUAUGACCAGCCAAGGUGAAAAA